AUGACUCUUGAAAUACCAAUGUGUGAAGAUAAUCACCUGGGAUACGAGCAACUUGUUUCCUUCUCCUGGGAGCCGAAGCGCAGCUCCAGGUCUCCAGGGGGCCCGACAGAUUCGGGGGACUGGGAGAAUAUAUCAUCCUGGAGAAACCCUAAUGAUGAAAAAUACAGAUCUAUCCGGAUUGGAAACACAACUUUUUCUACUAGACUCUUGCCCGUCAGAGGAGCCGUUGAAUGUUUAUUUGAAAUGGGCUUUGAGGAGGGAGAAACACAUCUUAUCUUUCCUAAAAAAGCUUCAGUGGAUCAGCUGCAAAAAAUUCGUGACCUCAUUGCCACAGAGAGAAGUAGCAGAUUGGAUGAAUCAUAUAAGAGCCACAAAGCAGAAUUAUCUCAGCAACCUGCAACCAGUAUCCAGCUUCCUACAGCACAGUCUUCAGAUCCUAAUGGGUUAACCCAGCAUGUAGGGGACAGUGGAGGGCAGUCAUCAAAUCCACCAUUUGCUCCAAUGGUUACUGCUGAUUCAAUCAUUCUGAAAGUUCUUCAGGGCAACCUGCAGCAUGUGCUGGUCUAUGAAAAUCUUGCUCUCCAGCAGAAAGCAUUGGCUUGUAUUCCCGUCCAAGAACUGAAAAAGAGAUCUCAAGAAAAGUUAUCUAGAGCUAGAAAAUUGGAUAAAGGUACUAAUUUAAGUGAUGAGGAUUUUCUUUUGCUGGAGCUUCUACACUGGUUUAAGGAAGAAUUUUUUCAGUGGGUGAAUGACAUUUUGUGCAGCAAAUGUGGUGGCAAGACGAAGUCUAGAGGUGAAGGAUUAUUUCCCACUGAAGACGAGUUGAAGUGGGGUGCAAACAGAGUGGAAGAUCAUUAUUGUGCUGCGUGCCAGUUCAGCAAUCGGUUCCCGAGGUAUAAUAACCCUGAGAAACUUUUGGAAACGAAAUGUGGACGGUGUGGCGAGUGGGCCAAUUGUUUUACACUGUGCUGCCGAGCCUUAGGGUUUGAAGCUCGCUACGUUUGGGAUUACACAGACCAUGUCUGGACAGAAGUCUAUUCUCCCUCUCAGCAGCGGUGGCUGCACUGUGAUGCCUGUGAAAAUGCCUGUGACAAACCGCUCCUCUAUGAAGUAGGGUGGGGGAAGAAGCUGUCCUAUGUCCUAGCAUUUUCUAAAGAUGAGGUGGUUGAUGUCACUUGGCGAUAUUCUUGUAAACAUGAAGAGGUAAUCUCCAGAAGAACUCUGAUUAAAGAAGAAUUACUUCGAGAAACUAUUAAUGGACUUAAUAAGCAGAGGCAAAUGUCUUUGUCAGAAAACAGAAGAAAAGAACUUCUCCAGAGGAUCAUUGUGGAGCUUGUUGAAUUUAUUUCUCCCAAGACCCCUAAACCUGGAGAACUUGGUGGAAGAAUAUCUGGGUCAGUGGCUUGGAGAGUAGCCCGAGGUGAAAUGGGUCUAGAGAAAAAGGAAGCCAUGUUCAUCCCCUCUGAAAAUGAGAAGAUUUCUAAACAGCUUCACCUUUGUUAUAAUAUUGUGAAAGAUCAUUAUGUUCGAGUUUCAAAUAAUAAUCAAACCAUUUCUGGAUGGGAAAAUGGUGUAUGGAAAAUGGAAUCCAUAUUCAGAAAAGUUGAAACAGACUGGAACAUGGUGUAUUUAGCCCGAAAGGAAGGAUCAUCUCAUGCUCAUAUUUCCUGGAAGUUUGAGUGUGGAUCAGUUGGCCUAAAACUAGAUAGCAUUACCAUUAGAACAAGUAGUCAAACCUUUCAGACUGGAACAAUACAGUGGAAACUGCGAUCUGAUACAGCACAAGUAGAACUGUCCGGCGAUAAAAUUCCUCGCUCCUAUCAUGAUUUUUCUGGUGCCACAGAAGUUAUUUUAGAAGCAGAAUUAAGCAGAGGAGAUGGUGGUGUUGCUUGGCAACAUACUCAACUAUUUAGACAAAGCUUAAAGGACCAAGAAGAAAAUUGUUUGGAGAUAAUUAUAAAAUUCAGUGACCUUUGAGAACCUGAAUAUUAUAGAAAAGCUGGCAAUAAUCAAGGACUUAACCAUGUUUUAGAUUAGUCUGCUGGUUCAGUGCAUGCUUAGUGGGCAAUUUACUACUCUGCUAGCAUAUUUCUUUUGCUAGCUAUCCAUCAUGUAACCCUCCUGGAAAUAUAUCUUUGUACUAUGGACCAUAAUUAAACCUUGAAUUAAAAGCUCCCUUCCAUAUGUGACUGUAAUUUGGAGUAAAGUCUCAUUGCCCCAAUAUGAGAUUUUAAUCUAAAAAGUAUAAGCAUAGUUUAAAAGUAAAAUGAAGGUAUUCAUGAUUAAAUGCUGUUCAUGAUUAUGAUAAAAGUUUAAGCUAGUAAUAGUAACUUGAUAUUUUAUGACCAGCUAUUAAUUUCUUCAUAAGUUAAUUGAAUCAGGUUUCCUAAGAUUUUUAAUUUUUAAUAACUGUGAAAGUGUAGUAUCCCGUAAGUUAUGCAUGAAAAUUUUUAUGAUUGUAAAUAUGUAGGCAUUUAAGAAAUAAAUUGAAUUAUUUUGCUUUAUAUCUUUUUAGUGGUUACUUUGCCUAAAUAAAAAUCUUUAAUAAGUAUGUUAACCAUUGAAAACAGCUUGAAUAGACAAGAGUUAUAAAAACAUUGACUGCAUAAAUUUAUAUACAUUAUAAGUCCAUAAUAUGUAGACUCAUCAGAAAAUGUUUUACUUUUGAUUUUUCUUUUGAGUAUUUUUAUCUACCUCAUUGAAUAAACUAUCUUGACUUUGAAACCAUG